AACAAAUUCAAUGCACGUAAAUUAUUGAAAACCACAGUAGAAUGGGUAAAUUAAACGUCACGGUGCUGCGCUAUCUCACCAGAGAGGAUUUUCGUGUGCUCACAGCCAUCGAAAUGGGCAUGAAGAAUCAUGAAUUGGUGCCAGGGCCACUGGCUGCUGCGAUUGCCAACCUUAAAACUGGAGGCGUACAUAAAUUGCUAAAAGAACUCUGCAAGCACAAAUUGCUGUCCUAUGAGCGUGGCAAAAAAUAUGACGGGUAUCGCUUGACCAACACUGGCUAUGACUAUCUCGCAUUGAAGUCUCUCACGUUGCGUGGCUCUGUUAGCUCCUUUGGCAACCAGAUUGGCAUUGGCAAAGAGUCGAACAUAUAUGUGGUUGCCGAUGAGGAGGGCACGCCUAUUUGCUUGAAGCUGCAUCGCCUGGGUCGCACCUGUUUCCGCAACGUAAAGUCUAAGCGAGACUAUCAUGGACGCCGGCACAAAGCCUCUUGGCUCUACCUGUCUCGUAUUUCUGCUACACGAGAGUUUGCAUACAUGUCUGCUCUAUAUGAUCGCGGCUUUCCUGUACCCAGGCCGAUUGAUUUCAAUCGGCACUGCGUUCUUAUGGAGCUGGUCAACGGUUGGCCCAUGACACAAGUGCAUGAGUUGCGGGAUGUGCCGCAAGUUUACGAUGACCUUAUGAAUCUCAUCGUGCGUCUCGGCAAUUCGGGUGUCAUUCACGGUGACUUCAACGAGUUCAAUUUAAUGCUCACCGAUGAUGGAAAGCCCAUACUUAUUGAUUUCCCUCAGAUGAUGUCUACUGCCCAUGAGAACGCUCAAUUCUUUUUUGACCGUGACGUCACGUGUGUACGUGAGAUGUUCCGACGCAAAUUUGGCUACGAAAGCGAGGAUUAUCCCAAAUUCAGCGAUUUGGUGCGCGAAGAUGACUUGGACGCAGAGGUCCAUUGCACAGGCUAUGGCUUCACCAAGGAAAUGGAGCAGGAUCUCCUACAGGAGUACGGUAUGAUUGAAGAGGUGGAAAAUGCAGAAGAGGAGGCUAACGACGAGCCGCCAACUCUGGUGCCCGCAGCAGCCGCUGAGAUCGAUGAGUGCCGCAGGCAAUUGGAGAAUGAAGUAUCGUAUAGCGAGAGCAAGCCUACACAGCAGAAGUCGGAUGAUGCGAUACGGCGUUACAUUGAGUCGUGCACGCAAUACCUAGGCAAUCUGACUGUAGGUCCCGAGGUAUCCGAUCACGCUUUAGCAACAACACCAAAAUCGGCUGCCCCCGAACAAGAGUCGCCCAUUUCUACUAGCGAAUCUAAUACCGCUGUGAAAGAGACUGCUGAUUUUGGUUCAAAGGAAAAAGAAGCAACUGCUCUAGCUGAUGAUGUGCACUCCAUCAGUUCAAACGACUUGGAAACGGAUGAAAUGCCAGAGCUGGCCGGCCUCGAUCCCAAUUCGCGCAUGUACCGCCUUAAGAUGGUUGAGCAGAUGCUUAACGAUGCACGCAGUCAGCGCUCCUUUUCCACAACGGCCAGCACGAUAGCUCCGUCUGUGAUCACAGAUCGCAUACGUCGCAACAUGGACGUAAAGGAAAAGCGGGAUCAGCGCAAGCGUUGCGUGGCGAAGGGAGAGGCGAGUGCUGUGCAUCGCCAUCGUAAGGAAAACAAAGAUGUGGUCAAGGAGUACGCGGGCUGGGACUUUUAGAUUAUUUCUUAUCCAAAGCCGUGUAUAUACGCUUCUACAAUA